AUGGAAUAUACGGGAGAUAGUAGUUCAGUAAAAUGCGAAACGAACGAUGUAUCAUUGUUGACGAAAAAAUUGAGUAUUUGUAGACUUGGAUCAUUUUCCACACCAGUUAGCAGGGUUCCGUCAGCAAGAUGCUGUAGUGAUGUAUCAUUUAAAGGAUCGUCGUUGGAUUUUUCUAGUGUUUCUCCGGUUUCUACAAUGAAUAUGCAUUCGUCUAAAAGGAUUUUUUUGAAUGAUGAGCAAUCAAGACGGCCUAUAUAUCGUAUUGGCAAUUAUUUUAAAAAGUCCAAGAAUCUUUCAAUUAUUUCAUCUCGAUUUUUUUCAAAGUGUUUAAGUUCACGUAAUAAUUUAUCAGUUGAUGUAUCAACGAAAAAAUUCCUGAAACAUGAAAAUGAGAGGGUAUCUAAUGAGAAGGAGGCCCAUGUUUCACAUAGUUUGUUGGAUUUGAAGCAUUUUUUUAAGUCUCAUCAUGAUCAUGUACAGCUGAAUACGCAAGAGUCUCUUAGGCAAAAAAAGUAUUCAUUAUUUAAGCUAAAAUUUCGAAAAUUUGAGGAUUCUUUUAAAAACAAGUAUUCUGCUCUUUCUUACAGGUAUAAGAAGUAUGGAAAACUUGUUGGUUCUGGAACAGGUGGUUCUGUUCGGCUUUUGAGUUCUUGUGAUGGAACUGUUUAUGCUGUUAAGGAAUUUCGAAAACGGGCGCCUUAUGAAAGUAGUAGAGAGUAUAAGAAGAAAGUAUCUGCUGAAUUUUGUGUGGGUGCUGCAUUGCAUCAUCCAAAUAUAAUUCAAACUUUGGAUUUUGUGUCGGAUGGAUCAAGAUAUUAUGAAAUUAUGGAAUAUGCUCCAUAUGAUAUGUUUUCUAUUGUUAUGUCAGGCAAAAUGACACGGGAAGAAAUAUAUUGUUGUACUAAACAGAUAUUACAAGCAGUAGAUUACAUACAUAGUCUAGGACUUGCUCAUAGGGAUUUGAAAUUAGAUAAUUUAGUGAUGAAUGACAAUGGUAUCGUAAAAUUGAUUGACUUUGGGAGUGCUAUUGUAUUUCGAUAUUCUUCUAAAAACUUUGUUAAAGCAUCAGGUAUUAUGGGCUCUGAUCCUUAUUUGGCGCCUGAGGUUUGUACCGAAGAAUAUUAUAAUCCCCAGCCUGCUGAUAUAUGGUCAAUUGCAAUUAUAUUCUGUUGUAUGAUUUUAUGUCGAUUUCCAUGGAAAAAUCCACGUGUAUCAGAUGUUUCAUUUAGGGAAUUUUCUAUGGGAAAAACAGAGACUGAAAAUAAUGAAAUUGAAUACCUUAUGUCUGCACCUACUGCUAUGAUAGGUGACUCUCCUUCGCCUAAUGUUCGUGGUCCGUGGCGUCUUUUGAGGUUGCUUCCUCGGGAAACUCGUUCAACUAUUCAAGGAAUGUUGGAGAUCAAUUCGAAAUGUCGUUGGACUAUGGAACAAAUUAUGGAACAAGCAUGGAUUAAAUCAGUAGAAAUGUGUUAUAUUAACAGUAAGAACGAAGUUGUGAAAGCUAAGAAUCAUGUUCAUACUUCAGUAUUAGAAAAGAAAAUUUAAUAUUUUAUAAAAGUUUAUAUUAAAAGAAAUGAAAAAUAUAAACAUCUUGUUAUUUUACAUUGGAUAUUAUUA